AACUAUAGCAUUGAAAUGGUGUAUUGCUUUGCCAUUCAUUGUGUGCACAGGACUGGGGGCAAUGGAACAUGUAGUCUGUUCAGGUUCCCCAUAAACCCAAAGGAGAAGAAGAAAUGGGUUGAUAGAUGCAGACGAGCGGACAGAGCUGUCAACGGGAAUGACCGGAUAUGCAGUUGUCAUUUUGUAGAUGGCAAGAAAGAAAAUGGCCCAACCAUUUUUGAUUACCAGAAGAAAGAUCUACAUUUCCCAGAAAUGAACACACCUAAAAGAUGCAAAAGGCCGAAGUUGAAGGAAAGGGAAGAUGUGAAAGAAAGCAUACCAGAUGCAGGACUUGGGUGUAAAAAUCACUGA